CCAGGGCCUGCAAGCAUGCCUGCAUGCUGCCCCUCCUUGUCCAAAGGCCAAUCGUACAUGAACAAAUAUCGCUUCCUCAUUACCGCCGGCAUGCUUUACGGCCUGGUCGCUGUGCUCGCAAUUCCGUCCAUACUACGUUUACUGCAAUGUACACGCCAGUCAUCCACUUGUGCCACUGCUUUUCGACGCUACGUACGCACAAUUCUGCACACAUACGCCUGGUACGAUUACUCACCAACGGCCGGAGAGAAAUCGAAAUUUUGGACUAGCCUACGCGCUGUACGCAAAGCGCAUUCAAAUUCUAGUCGCGCGUGUAACAAACUUGGUGCAGGCCAAAUAACACAAAAGGAUCUUGCGCUAACACAGUUCGGUUUUAUUGGCUUUGCCACUUUGGGUGCGCCACGCGUGCAGCUGUACGAUGAGGAAUAUUUCGAGAGUACGUCACAUAUGUGGCGUGUGCUCGGCUACUUGCUCGGCAUCAAAGAUGAAUACAAUAUUUGUGGGCGCAAUUGGGCUGAGACCAAAUCAAGGCUGGACAUUGUGAUGCGACGUGUAUAUGAGCCGGCCUUAGCGAAUACCAGCGCCGAUUUUGAACAAAUGACGAAGGCAUUAAUCGAUGGUUUGUGGCCAUUGAAUACGACACUCACUACCGGAUCGGUGCUUUUUUUUACCAAACGACUGGCUUGUGUGCGAGGUUAUGAGUACUUUGAAUUUGAUCAUCGUCCCGGUAGCCAGGCUGAUGCGAAGCAAAAGCUCUACUAUUACGAUUUAGGCUGGUAUGAUCGCUUUCUCAUAACGUACGGCCUCUACCUAGUGACCUAUCUGCACAAAUUUGGCAUUGUGCGCUGGUAUCUCAACUUCCGCAUCUGGUUGAAUACACUAAUCUUUUAUUACUUGCCUUACAUAGCAUUCUGGAAAUAUGGCAUAAAACAUUCGUAUGUAAGAAUUUUCACAAACGAUGGCAGAGAGCAGGAUUUCGAGUUCCAUUUGAAAGCAGAUUGAAAAGCAUUACCUGGAUUUGAUCAUUCAAUACAAAUGCUAUGUGCAUUUCAUUCUAAGUUUUGUAUAUAAAUAAUAAAAAAGCAUACAUAUUUAUAUAUACAUGAGUAAAUUUUAAUGCAUGUAUGUAGGUACGUUAUAAACUAAAUAAAAGUCAUUACGUUUAUUUUUAAUAAUUUUUUCGAAAGUUUAUAAUCUCUCAAGUAUGCAAGUGUGAGUAUGCCUGUCUGCUAAAA